UUCCAACUGUCUGAAUCAAUGAAAAAAUAUUGUCAAAGAAGUUUGAAAAUUGAAUGUUUGAACUAGAUAAUGCGCAAUCUAAUUUCGCUCUCAAAAUUCGCUCUCAAAGCAUUCGAAACUGAUGUUGCCCAGCGUCAAGGGGUUCAAUUGAUGUUUUAUUAUACGAAAUUUUUAUCAUUUAGCAGUAGCCGAAAGAUUGUUUGUUUGAGGACCAUAAUGAUCCGUACUCGUUUUCGGUUCUUAGCUGCAAAUUAUGCUUUUUGCUGGCUUGAAUGAGUGAAUGUCUUUCCAGAAUCAGUUUGCCUAUUCCAUCUCUCUGAAGUGUUAGAAGUGACUUCAUUCAUCAAACAUAACUGAAGCGAUCUGUUAGCGGAUCAGUACUGAAGGGUGUGUGUCGUUUGAUCAUGUCGAGGGAGGAAGAGGUGGUGGAUUGUGGCAGUGGCAGUAGUGGUGAUUUGAAGACUGAGGCGGAAGCUGAAGCAGAAGUUGACUCCUCAACAAGGGAGAACAACAACAACGGCAGCAGUGGUGCAUAUGUUGCAGUGGCCGAAUCAGAAGGCGAAGAUCCAAUCGAAGUCCCACUUGAACACGACGGAGGCCUUCUUCUCACUUCAGUCCAGUCCCAGUUCCCAUCGGCAGUCGGGCUCAAGUUCCGAAACCCCACAGCGUCCAACAGGUCCUUCCGAGGAGUCCGGCUGGCAGAAGGGGUCCUCUAUCCCCCUGCUGAGGGAGGGUGGGGGGAUGUGGUGUACUUGGUGAACACUGUAAAAACACAAACAGAUAACAAGCGCAAGAUGGAAGAUAGUGCUCAAGCAGAGGUGUCCAAGACGAAAAGACCCACCACUCAAUUGUCUGAUCUGGUAGUGUUGAAUCUGCCCUACCACUACACCAAGGAGAAUUUGGUGGACUAUUUCUCCAAGCACGGCGAGAUCGCAUUUGCUCAAAUAAUGAAAAAUGCAUCUGGAGAAUCAAGGGGUUUCGCAUUUAUCCGUUUUGUGAAUUACGAAGACCAGAAGAGGAUGAAUGGGUGUCAUUUCGUAAUUGACGGCAGAAAAGUUCACGUGAAAAAACCGGCAUCUCAGGCGCCAGAGCUGUGCAAAGUGUUUGUGGGUCGCCUCACCUGCAGAAUCACCAAAGAAGAUCUCACUGAACACUUUGAGCAGUUUGGCCCAGUGAGUGAAGUGUUCUUCGAUGCAGGGAGGAAGCAGUACGGAUUUGUCACUUUUGAGGAGAGUGUUUCGGCCGAGAAAGCUUUGAUGCAUAAAGCACAUUACCUCAAGCAAACUCACAUAGUUGUCAGACCGGCAGAGCCAGUAGAUAAAGCCAAACAGUCACCAAAUCAGCCACCUCUUCCCCCCACUAGCCAUAACUACCCCAAUUCAACACCAUACUUGCACCCCCACAACUCUCCGAAUCAGUAUUCGUACAAUCCUUCUUCUCAUCACCACGAGGAACAGCAGUUGUCUCCUUACCACCAUCAUCAGCCCUCCUACUCGGAACCCAAAUUCGCACCACCUAGUCCAUACGAUGGCUACUCGGUUCCAAGUCCCAUGCAACACAGCUCGUCCAACGAGGCUCCGGCUGGAGUAGCGGUGAAACGAAGUUACCAGCCGCAACCACCUCCAUUGCCCCCGAUAAACCAUCAGCCUAUGAGUCCAGCGGGACCUUCUGCGCCUAUCCCGCAACAACGUCCCGCAGCACAUACGGACCCUGGCGUGUUUGGCCAAGAAAUGCUGACAGCAAUGGCAAAAAUGAUGGCAACUGCGAUGUCAACUGGAACGUUCAAUGCGGCCACUCAAAAUUUCCCUGCCAUGUCUUCUGGUAGCAUGGGGGUGCCACCGCUACAUCAUCCUUCUACACUUCCGCCGCCGCCAAUGACUAGUCGCAUGAACACAUCUUAUGAUGGCCAUUCGUUCAGGCUUUCUCACAGCAGUGCCAAUGUGCACGCUUCGCACGGUGGUGCACCUGCACCUCACUAUUCGCACGGAGGAGGAGCUUAUCGAUAUCCUACAGUUGCUAUGACAAACCCCUACAGGUCUCCGCCCCAUGAUCCCUAUAAUAAUAUGUAUUGAAUUGGAUUCAAAAUUGUGCGUAUAUUGUUCGAGAUACGCCAUGAACUUGAUGGUAGUUUUAAUUUUUGAGUCGCAGUCCAUAUUUCAGUCUUUAUUAUUUUCAAGUUCUCAAAAAAGCGGUCUUGUCUGUGAGAUAGAGUUUAAUGUUUAAUGAAGUUUGCUCCAAGUCAUUUAUAG